GUUCUGGUUCAUUUCGGGGCUGGGAGAAGAGUCAAGCUCGUCCUCAGAUCCCUCUGAAUCUCGGGUGAGAGAUCGAAGGAAUGCGAGGGAGGCGGUGGAUUCCGACCUUCCUCGGGCUAUGCCUAUGCCUCUGCCUGUGCCUGGUGGAGGUGGAAGGACUCCAGGAGUUGGAAAGAGAACCACAAGACAACGAGCCGACCUUAGGGGAGACCAUCACGUUACCUUGUCAAGUGAGGGACCGGAAGGGAGCCGUUCAAUGGACGAGAGACGGAUUCGGACUCGGAUUCCCCAGGGAUUUGCCUUCUUUCCGACGCUAUUCCAUGGUCGGCAACGAAGCCGACGGAGUGUUUGACCUAAAGAUCGAGAACGUGACUCUGGAAGACGAUGCCGUCUUUCAAUGUCAAGUCGGUCGGGGACCAGGACCGGGAGGAGAUCCGGAACUGAUGUCGCGCGAGGCGACCGUCACCGUGCGAGUCAGUCCAAAGGAACCGAGGAUCGUCCAGGGUCGAGAACUGGACACCACGGCAGGCACCAACGUCACCCUCAUAUGCGAGGCUCAGGAUGGAAAACCGCCACCGCAGGUAUAUUGGGCGAACAGCCUGAACGAGGAACUGGCGAGCGAGUCGGUGGAGAUGGGGUCGCAUCACAACAAGUUGAAGACGACCCGCAGCACUCUUCACUUCACGGUGGGCAGGAGGCACCACAAUGCCACCUUCGAAUGUUACGCCCAGAACUCCGCCACCACCCCCACUCCUCUCAAGACCUCCAUCAGGCUUAAGGUCGUCGACUUGGAGUCGCAGUACAACACGACGAGUCUCCACUUUCCUCGAGUGGAUCGGAGCAUGAACGGUUCCAGCAUCAGUUGCGAAGUGUCCAGCGUGAUAGGGAAAUCAAAAGCCACACUCCCCAUCAACAUUCGAUAUGGACCUCGCAUCCGGGAUCUGAAGCGCUUGGUAUCAGGGGAACCCCGUGCCAGCCUGACGCUCUCUUGUCAAGUGGACUCCAACCCUCCCGCCGACAUCUACUGGACUCGCGACAAUCAUCUCGGUAUGGCACGGAGGAGAGUGAGCGAAGGCGGGAAUUACACGAUUCGGUCGCUGACGCUCGAAGAGACGGGAGAUUACACGUGCUUCGCUUCCAUGCCGGGUUUCCACGAGGUCUCCGAGACCGUCAAGGUCCUCCUCAGAGGACCUCCCGAGAUCAAGUCCGAGAGGACGCAGUUCGGACGCGGGGACGACACGGUGACCCUGGAGUGCAAGACCGUCUCCGUCCCGCAUCCUUCGCGCGUCCAGUGGGAUUUCCUCGGCAAGACCAUCGUUACCGGGGAAGGUCAGUACGUGAUAAAGGAAACCCGGACAGAGGACGGCUUGAUCAGUCGCUUGAUUAUCAACGACGCCCGGGCUACAGACUUCGGCACCUACAACUGCUCCGUUCGGAACGCGUACGGAACGGCCGUCGCCACCAUCACUCUUCAGAAGCAGAGAAGCGUGCCCCUGUUAAUCAUCCUGGCUGGAGUGAUAGGUGGGAUCAUCAUGCUCAUCGCGAUAGUUAUGAUCUUCUUCCUCUGUCAGAGAAGAAGCAAGUCUCCCGAGGACUACGGGAGCAGCAGCGAGAAGACCAGUUCCAAGCCGAUCACAGUGACGACGCUGAGGAGCUCGAAUGAACUCGGGAACGGGGGAACGGGUUCCGACGACUCCGACAUGAAGCUGGAGAUCCAGACUGCUUCGGGCUCCAGCCUGAGUCAUCGGGAAGAGGACUGGGAACGGGGGGGAACGCCUUCUCACUCCAACUACCGAUACUCCGCCGACUACAUUGAGCCCACCUUCCCACCCAAACCGGACACCGGUGGUGGGGGACAAAGGGAGAACGGUGGGUGUGUCGGUUACGUGCCAUACGUCGACUACGCUCGAGACUACAACCCCAGCAGCACUGCAGUGUUUCCGGUGUUGCCCAGCAACGGACUGAACAACGUGGACCCGCGAUAUUCGGCCACGUACGGAAACCCUUACUUGAGGACUUCCUCGUCGACGUCCUUACCCCCGCCUCACCUGGGGUCACCCGUUUACGUUCGAAACGGGUCGGUGGGAGUGCCAAACGGGGUCACCGGACAGUACAUCACUGCAUCCAGCAGUCAUCUGAAGCCUGGCACCCUUGCCACCCACGUGUGACGAUGCCGUUGUGAUCGAGAGGACCCACUCUCAUACUCACCUUCACUCGCGUAUGCGGAACUCGCUUGGUCGACUGUGAUGAGAAAGGAAAAUUUUUUUAAGGAUUUUUCCGAUUGCAUGUCCCCCCAAAGGCUUCCAGCUCCCAUCCCUCGUCAUUCCGAUAGAUGGCAUUUAAGGUUCAUUCGACCAUCGAAAGCAAUCGCGAGAUUCUUCCAGAGGAGCAAUACGCAGGGAAAGGAUCUCCCUCUCGUGUGCAUGAAACAUUUCAUCCUCAGUAAAGUCGAUUUCGUUGCCAAAGAUCGGCCUCACAUGUGAAGCAUCCGAGAGGUCGUCAAGUUUUCAUCCUAUGUGAUCCAUCCCUUCUUUUAAUGUCACCUCUGGAUAUUUUCCUUUUCUAUUUUAUUCUGGACGCAUUUUUGGCUUAAGCUCAGGUGAUUCUGCAGCUUGUUGUUGCUUUUAUGUGCAGUCCCAGCUAGUCAUGAGUUUGAAAUGUUCUCUCCCUCUCUUUCAUUCUUGUUUUGGUUGUGCG